AAACUAUAAAAACUGGAAGUGAACUUCAAAAUCCCAUCAAAUUCUCAAUUUCACACACUCACGCACAGAGAGAAGUAAUAACUAAUAUUUAAGUGAAAUGGUGAAAGGUAGUGUGUGUGUGACAGGAGCAUCAGGCUUCAUAGCGUCAUGGCUGAUUAAGCUUUUGCUUCAGCGUGGUUACACCGUCAAAGCCACCGUCAGAAACCUCCGUGAUUCCAAAAGGGUCGAACAUUUGUUGGCACUCGAUGGAGCCCACCAAAGAUUGUAUUUGUUUGAAGCCGACUUACUCGACGAAGGAUCUUUUGAUUCGGUUAUUGAUGGCUGUGAAGGUGUCUUUCACGCUGCAUCACCCGCUUUCUUAAAAGCUACCGACCCACAGAAAGAAUUGAUAGAUCCAGCUGUGAAUGGAACAAUUAAUGUGCUUCAAUCAUGCAAGAAAGUAACAACGGUGAAAAGAAUAGUUGUAACAUCUUCCAUGGCUUCUGUCAUGCUCAACUCUAAUUUGCUGAAGUCCGGUUUUUUGGUUGACGAAACAUGGGUUUCGGAUCCAAGCUUCUGUAUAGAAAAGGAGGAUUAUUAUGCUCUUGGAAAAACUUUAGCUGAGAAGGCUGCAUGGAAAUUUGCGGAAGAAAAUGGGCUCGACCUAGUUACAUUACAUCCAGGCUAUGUGAUCGGUCCUCUAUUGCAGCCAAUUCUCAAUUUUAGUUCUGAGGCUCUACUGGAUCUUAUUAGAGAAGGAAAACAACUAUUUUCUAGUGGAGUGUACAGUUAUGUGGACGUGAGGGAUGUUGCUCUUGCACAUGUUUUGGCAUUUGAGAAUUCAUCUGCCCAUGGCCGAUACCUUUUGGUGGAUAGGGUGACUCAUUCAUUUGAAGCAUUCGACAUACUGAAUGGAAUUUUUCCGACUCUCAACCUUUCUCCAACAAUUAGUGAGGAUCGACCUGCCAAGCCCCCUUACCAAGUAUCCCAAGAGAAAGCGAAAAGUUUGGGUCUCGAUUUCAUGCCGCUUGAGGUGAGCCUCAAGGACACAAUUGAAAGCUUGAAGGAAAAGAACUUUUUCUCCUAAAUUCAUCAUGGUAAUCAAUAUGUGAUGCUAUUUGAUUACUAGUUGUGUUCUUGGUUUCUAUUCAGGCAAAUGUCAGCCGAGUUUAAUGCAAUAUUAGUUUAUGGUAAUUGUGUAAUGGAACCAAAUGAGUGGAGCUAAUGUGUGGUAAUCUGAAAUAAUUAGUACCUAAAGCUAAGUAUGUAGAUUAUUUUUACUAAACCUAAUGUGUGGUAAUCUGAAAUAAUUAGUACCUAAAGCUAAGUGAUCUUCAUUGAUCUAAGCUAUGAGCACCACACGAACUUCUUAGCUCAAAUGAAUCUAAGAGAAUAUACCAAAUCAUGAACUUUAAGAUAUGACAUUGUCAUUCUCCAAUUAAAAGGUAUACCUCUCUUGUACAGGCCAUCUAUUAAUAAGAUAUCUCAAUAUAUAUCAAGUAGAUGGAUUCAUAAUUCUAUUAGAAA